AUGGCUCGAUCGACGUUAUACUAUUACCUAGCGCUUGUCUGCAUCGCGUGCGCGGGUAUCCCCAAGGGAUACGAUGAGGGUGGUUUCUCCGCGAGCGUGAAGCUGCCGUCCUUUGUCAAUGACUUUGAUCUCAAGUCAAGCAACUGGAAAGGCCGAGAGUCCGCCCUGGCCGACCGAGUUGCAAAUAUUUCUUCCUUUGGAGUUUUGGGAGCAGCAUUCGGGAGUCUGUGUGCUCUUUACCUCAAUGAUCGUAUUGGCCGACUCCGCUCAUUUCAACUGGCUCUGCUUGUAUGGGCGUCAGGUAUCCUCAUGCAGGUCUUCUCUUCGGGAAUCUACGGCUUCAUGCUGUUCGCGAGGAUAUGGGGCGGUCUGGGCUCGGGCUCGUUGACGGUGACUGGACCCCUUUUUCUUGCAGAGAUUUCCACUGCGAAGAAGAGAGGAUUGAUGGUCAGCCUCUAUAUGGUUGUGCUGCUGACGUUUCUGACGCUCGGGUUUUUCAUCAACUAUGCGGCCAACAAACACAUGACGCCCACCAGGGAGCAAUAUAGGUUGGUCCAGGCCAUACCUCUCAUCCCGUCCGGCAUUGCCUUCAUCUGCUCAUUCUGGAUGACGGACAGCCCACGCUGGCUAGCAUCGCAAGAUAGGUAUAGCGAGGCACUCGCAGCGCUUUGCCGUCUUCGUGGCUCGGAUCCGAGCGACCCUGAAGUGCAGCAAGAGUUUGAACAGAUUGAGGCCCAAAGGAGAGAGAAGCUGGCAGACCUUGCUGGCACGUCUCUAUGGAUUGUGGUCAAGGAGAUUGCUACAGUGCCCACAUACCGCAGCCGAUACCUUCUCGUCAUGACCAUGCAGACUGUCGCUCAGUGGUCGGGAGGCAACGGAAUCACCUAUUACAUUCCGCAGAUCUUCCAGUAUGCUGGCAUCAAAGGCGAAUCAAGCUCACUCAUCUCUUCAGGAGCGUAUGGGAUCGUCAAACUUGUCUUCACCAUGAUAUUCGCAUGGGGCUUGAUUGAUAUCAUCGGUCGACGAAGAUGCUUUCUGGCAGGGCUCAGUCUGCAGCUGAGUGCUCAUAUAUACAUGGCGGCAUAUAUGGCCUACCAACCGGGCGUGGCGAGCAACAAGUCUGCCUCAGACGCAGCCAUUGCGUCGGUUUUCAUUUAUGCAGUUGGUUGGUCAAUCGGACUUUGUACGGUGCAGUACCUGUACGGAACCGAGAUCUUCCCAACGCGAAUUCGAAGUGUCGGUUAUGCUUCUAGCAUGGUCUUGCAUUGGCUCUUCCAGUUCGCAGUCGUGCGCGUAACACCAAACAUGUUUGUGAGCCUUGACGUCUGGGGCGCGUACGUAUUCUGGGCGCUUAUCUGUGGCCUCGGCAUUCUGAUCCUUGGUCUUUGGGCACCAGAGACUAAGGGCGUACCUCUGGAGCGCAUGGGAGAGCUGUUUAGUGGCCACUGGUGGAUGGGCUGGAAGGCAAAGCUUGGUCCAGAGUACAGCGAAGAGCGGAACAGAGACCAAGAAGCCAGCGAAGAGAAGGUAAUCUCGGAAAUGCGGGUAGAGCACGUCUGA